AUGGACUUUCUUCCUGUACCUUUGAUUCCACUAAGUAUUGGGGUCGCAGUUCUGGUGGUAACCCUUGUAGCCCUUUUGGUGUCUCCCGGAGAAAUAGCGGACGCAGUUUUUAACGCGUUUCUAACGUCGACACAUAGCAUCUAUGAUACGAGCGGGAAGAAGGCCAUGACGGGCCCUCCGUAUAAAUUCCCAAAUGGCCAGAUGGUAGACAAAUUUUUGGAUGCCAAAAAUAAGAGCUGGGAGUGGGAGGAAAAGUACGGGAAGACGUAUCGCAUCUGGGCUGCAACUAUACCUGAGGUUGUCAUAACAGACCCAAAGGACGUCGAGGCCCUAUAUCGCCAGUCCACCGAUCACCUCAAGGCCUCCCAGGCUAAUGCAGGAUGGCUCCUAACACAGCUGCUUGGAUCUGGGCUCGGCUUGAUCAACGGAACCCGCUGGACGGGCCUGCGAAAGGCCCUUGAUCCGAUGUUUUCGCACCAGGCGUCUAUGAAAUUACUUCGAGAGAGUCUGGAUGCUGGUGCAGCGGCAUAUGCAGCAGAUAUAAAUCAAUUUGCGUUGACCGGCAAGCAAGAUGCAGAUAGAGAUGGGAUUAUAAUCAAUGCUACAAACGCAUUGCAGCGCUAUCCCUUCUUUGAAGUCGCUUCUAUAUUUUAUGGAAAGAUGAGUGAAGCGGAGCAAGAACGGUUGUGGGAACUUGGCCGCUCCUACUCAGAAGUCUUCGCGUCAGUAGUGACUGGCGGCAUCCAUCGUCUGAAGCUGACGAAGUAUCUCAAUACUGGUGUCUGGAAAAAUACAGAAAAAUAUCAAAAGGCGUGGCAAGAUUUCAACAAUGAAAUGUACGAGUCCAGAAAGGCCUUGGCCCCUCCCUGCGCAAUUGCAUGUAAAUAUACAUGUUACCAAAUCAUCUCGUCAUGUGUUAUUCUCCUGGCUGACGCCCCGGAUGUUCAGGCUGAUCUCCUUUUGGAAAUGGAAAAGAACCGGGCAAAUACUGAGGAGUAUAUACCACGAAAGGAUACCCUUCUGCAUUACUGCUUGAUGGAAUCUCUGCGUCUUCGGCCCGUUCUAACAUUCACAUUCCCUGAGAACCCCCCGAGGGAGAAGGUAUUGGGCGGUUUUUCCAUCCCCAAGGACACCACUAUUAUUGUGGAUGCUUUCGCAAUUAACAUCCGCAACCCGUUUUGGGGCCCUGAUAACCGCUCAUACCGGCCCAGCCGUUUUGCGUCCAUAAAGCAGAGCCAGCUCCGCUAUAACUUGGCAACCUAUGGUUAUGGCCCGAGAAAAUGUCUCGGCCAGCAUAUUGCCGACAAAAUAAUCAAGUCCGUGUUAUAUCACCUUUUCAGCAAAUACCAGAUUUCUCUGCAGCCAAUGCAAGCUCUCGAUGGGGAAUUCAAAGUUGACAAGACAAGCUGGGUAGGGCUCUAUGAUGUUAACUUGAAGCUGAAACCCAGGAAUGAGAAUAUGGGAGAGGCUCGAAUUUAA